ACGAGGAAACAUCCAGCAGAGAAUCCAGGACAGAGAGAAAGAUGUGAAGCUGCUUCAACAGGAGGUGGAGGCCAUCAAUCACUCUGCUGAUAAAACAGUGGAGGACAGUGAGGAGAUCUUCACUGAGCUGAUUUGUCUCCUCCAGGAAAGAAGCUCUGAUGUGAAGCAGCAGAUCAGAUCCCAGCAGGAAACUGAAGUGAGUCGAGUCAAAGAUGUUGAGGAGAAGCUGCAGCAGGAGAUCACUGAGCUGAAGAGGAAAGACGCUGAGCUGGAGCAGCUCUCACACACAGAGGAUCACAACCAGUUUCUCCUCAACUACCCUCACUGCCAGCACUCAGUGAGUCCACACACUCAUCCAGCAUCAACAUCCGUCCUCUGAGACACUUUGAGGACGUGGCAGCAGCUGUGUCAGAGCUCAGAGAGAACUACAGGACGUCCUGAGAGACUCAUGGACAAACAUCUCACUGAUGGUCACUGAGGUGGAUGUUCUACUGUCAGAACCAGAACCAAAGAGCAGAGCUGAUUUCUUAAGAUAUUCAUGUAAAAUCACCCUGGAUCCAGAUACAGCUCACUGUUAUCUGAAGCUGUCAGAGGGAAACAGGAAGGUUACAGCUUUGGAUCAACAUCAGUCUUACUCCAGUCAUCCAGACAGAUUCACUUCAUGGUGGCAGGUUCUGAGCAGAGAGAGUCUGACUGGUCGUUGUUACUGGGAGGUGGAGUGGAGAGGGAGAGGCGCUUAUAUAGCUGCUUCAUGCAAGAAUAUCAGCAGGUCAGGAAAUGAAUGUGGAUUUGGUCGAAACAACAAAUCCUGGGCUUUAGAUUGUCACCAAAACAGUUUCACAUUUUGGUACAACAACACUGCGACCUCCAUCUCGGUUCCUCAGUCCUCCAGAGUGGGAGUGUACCUGGACCACAGAGCAGGUAUUCUGUCCUUCUACAGCGUCUCUGGAUCCAUGACUCUCCUCCACAGAGUCCAGACCAGAUUCACUGAGCCGCUGCAUGCUGGAGUUUGGCUUUACAUCUGUGGAAGCUCUGCAGAGUUCAGCAAACAUUAAUACAUCUGUUUUCUUCACCAGUGUAAUUAGCACUGAUAUAUAUUGCAAUAUUAUUUUCAUUUAAGUUUCCAUUUUUUGUUCUUAGCUCAUGUAGGCAACAGAAUACAAUCACAAUAAUCAUGUAAACUGUAAUGGGAUCUACUGUUUGUAAAAUUUUACUUUACUUUAUCACUCUGGUUAUGGGUUGAAUCUACUAAAUAAUGUAUGUCUUGCAAAAAGGCACCAUACCAGCAGAAAGA